AUGGCACCGCCAAAAACUAGUGGAAAAGCAGCAAAAAAAGCUGGCAAGGCACAAAAGAAUAUCUCAAAGGAUGGAAAGAAGCAUAAACGUAAGCGCAAGGAAUCUUACGCUAUCUAUAUCUUCAAAGUGUUGAAGCAAGUUCAUCCUGACACUGGUAUUUCAUCAAAAGCCAUGAGCAUCAUGAACAGCUUUGUCAAUGACAUCUUCGAACGUAUUGCUGCUGAAGCAUCACGUCUUGCUCACUACAAUAAACGGUCAACAAUAACAAGUCGCGAAAUUCAAACUGCUGUUCGACUUUUGUUGCCUGGUGAAUUAGCAAAGCACGCUGUGAGUGAAGGAACAAAAGCAGUCACAAAGUAUACGUCAUCGAAAUAA